AUGCAUUUGCAAGCAACCCUCUCGCUGCGGCGGUUUCGGUCUCGACGAAACUCUUAUUCGAACGGCGCUAAGAGCUAUCGGGAAGGGGCGACGGCGCGUGCGGGGCGCCGAACGACUCCGCCCGCGCGCCGCGGCCGCACCGCCGAGCUGUCAAACCGCCUCCGACGGGCACCCCGCUCGAACGCACCUCCGUCGGGCGAUAUUCGCGCCGUUCGCUCGUUCCUCUCGCACGACGGAUUUCGCGCAGCGAAGAUGAACGGCAGCGCCACGACAGCCGCCGUCAACGGCGCCGUCGGCGGUGCCAACGGCUCUCUCAACGGGAUAGGAGCCGCUCCGCGCACGGCGACCCUCGGGACUCCGAGCGCUUACGCUUACGCGUCGAGCGGCUCCCUGCUCGGCCGGGGCUCGGCGAGACCAGUUCCGCCGCCGACGUUGCCCAAAUACAGUGGCUCUUUCAGCGCCGGCAGCGCCUUAAGUUCCGCCGGGCUCAGGGAGAGGGAUCGAGAGGGAACGGGUGGAUCUCAUCGAUUGGCCAGUUUGGAGAGGCUCGCUCUUCGCCAGCGCAUCAUCGAACAGAGUGCCAACAACCAGGUAGCCGGUGCCGCGGCGCUCAAUAGCUCCGCGACGAACGCCGGUCCCACGUCCGCCACCGUCACCCUCACCGAUACGGCCACAGUGAGUCCCCUUUUGCCAUAA